AUGGCUUCUUCCCACCCCACUACCACCAGCACCUCCACCGUGUUCCACCACCCGCCCAUCUACGGAUCCGACCCCAAUACCGCCAACACCACCUUCGUGCAAGCCGACGCCUCCAGCUUCCGGGCCGUCGUCCAAAAGCUCACCGGAGCUUCCGACGACCCCUCCUCUCCCAGGCUCCCCAUCACUCUGCCUUCCCGCCUCGGUGCCACAACCGAUGUUGGGCCCAAGAAGCCCGCCUUCAAGCUCCAUGAGCGCCGCCACUCUGCCAGGAAGAUGGACCUCAGCAUCGGAGUCUCCCAACGGCCCGUCUUCACCGUCACCAGCCCAGGCCCUUCUCCGUCGUCUUCGCCGUAUUCUUCCUUGUCUCCCUCCUGGUAUGCUCGAACCAGAGGAUCGGCGACGGUGAUAGCGUCGCCGGUGUCGCCGUUAGAGAUGUUGGAAGAACGAGCCAUCGCCGAGAAAGGGUUCUUCUUACACCCAAGUCCGUUGAGUACGCCACGAGCUUCUCAGCCGGAGCUGUUGCCGCUGUUUCCUCUGCAUUCUCCUUCGCACAAUAACGAACCCACAAAAUCUUGAGAGCUCCCUCACCAACCUCCCUGCGUGUAUUCUACGGAUUGAGUAUUAAAAUAAUUUUUAUUAUUAAUAUUUUAGUUUUAUUAU